CCGUAAACGUCACACGUUGAGCGGCGUAGGGAGUCCGUCGCCGUCUCUGCUGGACCUGCCGGAGCUUUCGAGGUUCUGAUCCGUUCCAUUUUUUUGUUUGGGUUCAAAUUCACACUCUCAGGAUCGGCAACUAAACGGGUUACCGACAAACAAAUACCGUGAGGACUUAGUUCAUCAACAGGCGAACACCGGAAAUCGUUCAGUAAAGCGAAAGUUGAGAGUCGAGAUGAGCGUGGAGGCGUACGGGCCGAGUUCCCAGACCCUCACCUUCUUGGACACCGAGGAAGCGGAGUUGCUCGGAGCGGAUACCCAGGGCUCCGAGUAUGAUUUCACCGAUUUCACCCUGCCCAGCCAGACGCAAACUCAAGGCCAGACCCAGAGCCAACUGGACACCCAGAUAAAUGGUCCUGAUGAGGGUCUUCACAACGGUGGAGUAGAUGACUCUGUGGCCAAAGCCAGCCAGCUGUUGGCCGAGCUCAACUUUGAGGAGGAUGAAGAAGACACAUAUUACACCAAAGACCUGCCUGUGCACGCAUGCAGCUACUGUGGUAUCCACGAUCCAGCGUGUGUGGUGUACUGCAAUACCAGCAAGAAGUGGUUCUGUAAUGGACGUGGCAACACAUCCGGCAGCCACAUUGUGAACCACUUGGUGAGAGCCAAAUGCAAAGAAGUGACGCUGCAUAAAGAUGGGCCACUGGGCGAGACGGUGCUCGAGUGUUACAACUGCGGCUGUCGCAACGUCUUCCUCCUGGGCUUCAUCCCGGCCAAGGCCGAUUCUGUGGUGGUGUUACUCUGCAGGCAGCCAUGUGCCAGCCAGAGUAGCUUAAAAGACAUCAACUGGGACAGCUCUCAGUGGCAACCACUGAUCCAGGAUCGCUGCUUUUUGUCCUGGCUGGUGAAGAUCCCAUCAGAGCAGGAGCAGCUUCGAGCCCGUCAGAUCACUGCCCAGCAGAUCAACAAGCUGGAGGAGCUCUGGAAGGACAAUCCCACCGCCACCUUGGAAGACCUGGAGAAACCUGGAGUGGAUGAGGAACCCCAGCAUGUGCUGCUGCGCUACGAGGACGCCUACCAGUACCAAAACAUCUUUGGCCCUUUGGUCAAACUGGAGGCUGACUACGACAAGAAGCUUAAGGAGUCCCAGACCCAAGACAAUAUAACAGUCAGGUGGGACCUGGGGCUGAAUAAAAAGCGGAUUGCCUAUUUCACACUGCCCAAGACGGAUUCAGGUGAUAUGCGGCUGAUGCAAGGUGACGAAAUCUGCCUGCGGUACAAGGGAGACAUGGCCCCACUGUGGAAAGGCAUUGGCCAUGUCAUCAAAGUCCCUGACAACUAUGGGGAUGAAAUUGCCAUCGAGUUGCGGAGCAGCGUUGGAGCACCUGUGGAAAUCCCCCACAACUUCCAGGUGGACUUUGUGUGGAAAUCCACUUCCUUUGACAGGAUGCAAAGCGCCCUGAAAACGUUUGCGGUGGACGAGACCUCCGUGUCUGGCUACAUUUACCACAAACUGCUUGGACAUGAGGUGGAGGAUGUCACCAUCAAGUGCCAGCUGCCGAAGCGCUUCACUGCUCAGGGCCUGCCUGACCUCAAUCACUCACAGGUGUACGCUGUGAAGACAGUGCUACAGAGGCCUCUCAGUCUGAUUCAGGGUCCUCCCGGCACUGGGAAGACUGUCACCUCUGCAACUAUCGUUUAUCACCUGUCCCGACAGGGCAACGGCCCAGUUCUGGUGUGUGCUCCCAGUAACAUUGCUGUGGACCAGUUAACUGAGAAGAUUGACAAGACUGGGCUGAAGGUUGUUAGGCUGUGUGCCAAGAGUCGGGAGGCCAUUGAGUCACCAGUGUCUUUUCUGGCUCUGCACAAUCAGAUCAGCAACAUGGACAGUAUGCCAGAGCUUCAGAAACUACAGCAGCUAAAGGAUGAGACUGGUGAGCUGUCAUCUGCGGAUGAGAAACGCUACAGGGCUUUGAAACGCACUGCUGAGAGGGAGCUGCUCAUGAAUGCCGAUGUGAUCUGCUGCACCUGUGUCGGGGCUGGAGACCCCCGCCUAGCCAAGAUGCAGUUCCGCUCCAUCUUGAUUGACGAAAGCACCCAGGCCACCGAGCCAGAGUGUAUGGUCCCUGUGGUGUUGGGAGCCAAGCAGCUCAUUUUGGUGGGUGACCACUGCCAGUUGGGUCCUGUGGUAAUGUGUAAGAAGGCGGCCAAGGCAGGUCUGUCCCAGUCCCUGUUUGAACGCUUGGUGGUUCUGGGGAUCCGGCCAAUCCGCCUGCAGGUCCAGUACCGCAUGCAUCCGGCUCUCAGUGCCUUCCCCUCCAACAUCUUCUAUGAGGGCUCCCUGCAAAAUGGUGUCACUGCAGCUGACCGCAUUAAGAAAGGCUUUGACUUCCAGUGGCCACAGCCGGACAAGCCCAUGUUCUUCUACGUGACUCAGGGCCAGGAGGAGAUUGCCAGCUCUGGAACCUCCUACCUCAACAGGACGGAGGCUGCCAACGUAGAGAAGAUCACCACCAGGCUGCUGAAGGCUGGAGCAAAACCCGACCAAAUCGGCAUCAUCACCCCAUACGAGGGUCAGCGCUCUUACCUGGUCCAGUACAUGCAGUUCAGCGGCUCCCUGCACACCAAACUCUAUCAGCAAGUGGAAAUUGCCAGUGUGGACGCCUUCCAGGGAAGAGAGAAGGACUUCAUCAUCCUUUCUUGUGUUCGUGCCAAUGAGCAUCAGGGCAUCGGCUUCCUGAAUGACCCUCGCCGUCUCAACGUGGCGCUGACCAGAGCCAAGUAUGGUGUGAUCAUCGUGGGGAACCCCAAGGCCCUCUCCAAGCAACCGCUGUGGAACAACCUGCUGAACAACUACAAGGAGCAGAAGGUCCUGGUUGAGGGGCCCCUCAACAACCUGAGGGAGAGCCUCAUGCAGUUCAGCAAGCCCCGCAAGCUGGUCAACACCAUCAACCCUGGUGGACGUUUUAUGAGCACUGCGAUGUACGAUGCCCGUGAGGCCCUCAUCCCUGGCUCUGCAUAUGACCGCAGCAAUGCUGCCGGGCGUCCGUCCAACAUGUACUUUCAAACUCAUGACCAGAUUGGGAUGAUUGGGGCAGGCCCCGGUCAUAUGGCUGCUAUGAAUAUCCCCAUACCCUUCAACCUGGUGAUGCCGCCAAUGCCUCCACCCAGCUACCUGGGUCAGACCAACGGCCCUGCUGCAGGUCGUGGAGCUAUGAAGGGCAAGCCUGGGCGUGGCGGGCGGCAGAGGGUCCGUGGUUCUGGAAACCAGGGUGCCAGUCAGGGUAACGGACCGAACAGCCAGGCCAGCCAGGAUGGACCCUCCCAGUCCUUCUCCCAGGGGCCGCUGACACAGGGCUACAUCUCCAUGAGCCAGCCCUCUCAGAUGAGCCAGCCUGGCCUCUCCCAGCCAGAGCUCUCCCAGGACAGCUACCUGGGCGAUGAGUUCAAGUCGCAAAUCGAUGUGGCUUUGUCCCAGGACUCAACUUACCAGGGUGAACGUGCAUACCAGCAUGGCGGCGUGACUGGACUGUCACAGUACUAAAGUGAUGCUUGAAGAAGGGAGCUAGGCUUGAGCUGAGCUUAGUUCAUCAGCUUUUUAAUCUGGGAAAUAAUAAAAACAUAAAAUGGAUACCUGUUUUCCUCUGCUACAACCGAAGCACCACCGAGUGAAAGCGACGGGAUAGCGAAACCAAACCAAUGACCAGCGAGAGAAAUAAGAGGGUAGAAGAAGAGGAGGGCACGAACAGAUGGGCAGGGAAAUGGCAAGAGUCCAAGUGAACAAGCAAGAGGCAGGGACCGAUGCCCGUGCAAAGUGAAGGAGGGAAGUCGAGAAGAUGGCGGCGUGUGGUCGAGCUGCCGAGGGAAACGGGAGAGAUCUCAACGGUCUCUCAUGGGAAUCCAAAUGAGGCUCAACUCCCAACAAAAUAAUCCACCCAACCCUCUUCACCUCACAGCCUCCAGGAAAGAAAGGAGUGCUCUUAAAGUUUUUACACUCAUCUUCAGAGGAGGAUCAGAGCCUCCCAACUGAAUUUGAAGAGCUAGUUCUCCAAACCUGGAUGGACAUGGUUACAGAAAGCCUUCAAACAGGCAACACACAAUCCCCAUGCGAAAAGUCGGUUGGUUGCUCAACCCGUAUGAUGUCCCAGACUAUUUUAAAUUAGGUUUAUUAUGGGAGGAGAGCAGCACCAACAAUCAUUUACUGGGCCCAAAACCCUCAGCAGCCUCUGAAAGAAGCAGCGGUCGACACACCCUCUCGGAGAGGAAAUACAAACACGGUUUCUGUGCUUGAGUCUGAUAUAAAAAAAGCCUUGAAUUGAAAUACCUUUCAUUUGCCUUGAGAACCACUGGCUCAUUCACAAGGUCUAUAACGGGGUGGUUUCGACCACACGUCAGUGGUGGAGCGGCACAGGGAUUUCAGACUGUUUUUUUCAAGGCAUGGGGCGCAAAUCCCAUUGAUAUCGUGAUCAUCAUGGGACAGUUUUUCUUCUGAAGUACCUUUCUUAUCACAGAGCACAAAAUUGCAAAAAAAGUCAUCGAAACUAUCAAACAUGACCAGCACUGAAUAUUCAACUCUGUGUCAUAUGAUGUUUCAGCGAAGGCUUUUCCUUAUUUUAAUCUUUUGAAAGCAGGGGUUGUUAAUGUCCAGCUGUGCUUCAUGACCAGAUGUCUUUUUUAAAUACUCUAUGUACACUUAGAUUGGCAAAUGCUUGAAUGCUUUAAUGCAUUAAGUGAUUCCUCAGGGGAUUGUGGACUGUCCACACUCAUCACACAAAUCCCUGCUUGAGGUGAAAGAAACCAAACAAGAGGGGCGAGGGGGGGAUGAUAGUCGAGGCUUACAGGCGGUCGUGGCAAUCAAUCCACCACAGGUAAGGAGUAGAAAAGGAAGGUGGCUGAGGAAGAGAAGGAUAUGAGAGUUUCCACAUUUGGAAAACAAGUUCAGGUCAUUGGAAGGGAUACAGAGGGAGGGAUACAAUGUGGCUUGAGGUCUUUUCAGUCCCAACAGAUGGCCACAGAUUUGACCCACUGUCAUUUCACACAGCAUUUUGAAUUUACGAAUGUUCACUGGCUAUAUAGCCAUGCCGAUGGCCAUAUUAGUCCACCACACAAAGUAAACUACAUAUGACCAAAAUCUUCAAAUUUAUAGAUAAUCGGGUUGAAAAAUUCCGACUUUAUGAAGGAAAUCUUUCGAAACUCUAGAAUACACCCUGUAAUUUGAAUCUGAGAGGAUUCUUUGUGUGGAUUAAAAUGACACUUUAUCCCAGUUACACAGUGGAAAUGCCAUCAGCGCUGAUGAGAUGAUGGCAGGGAUAUAAAUGAAAAGUGAAUGAGAAACAUGAAUCAGUGCCUAGAACCAAUCACUUUGAGAUAAACAGCUGCAGCACAAGCAUGAAUGUAGUUAAAAUCAAACUACCAGCAUAUAAAAAACCUUCCAGACACCAGAGGGCUCAAGAAACCCACAGAAAAGGACUCUAUUUUAUUUUAUUUAUUUUUUGUUUUUGUUUUGUUUUUUUUUAAAUAAAAUCGGGCCAGGUAAUGAUGAGGUCAGUGAGUUUUGCAGCUGGGUUGUGUAAAGGAUGAGCUGAUGGGGAAAAAAGCCACCUUCCUUCUCUGUGGAGUAAAACAAACAGAGGCUGGUAGAAUUUUUUUUAUGUGGACUUCUGAUUUGUGCAAAGCUGUUUUGCCCUUAUGAAUUCCUUGUGGAGUUCCUCUUGAGAUUUAUGUGGAUCCUAAACCCUGUUCCUGGAGAACUGUGAACCAGAACCCUGAGUUGAUCCAAACUUUGCUUUCGUCAGAUGAUUUGCUGCUUUGUGCAUCAUGUUGUUCAGUUCAAUUGGGUGUUAUUUAGCCAUUUUGUGCAGUUUUCCUAAAAUCAGUUUUUUGUAGCAACUUGCUGACAACAGGAAUGAGGCGUCCGCCGUUUCCUUUCAUUAGAGUUUUGUAUCUUCUCCUCGAACUGUCCGAGGAAUUGUAGUUUUGUAACUCUUCCAGGAAAGAUGCUUUCUGAACACAGUAAGAAUGUACUCCACUGUUGGUUUUUCACCUGCGUCUCAUUUCAGCAGACAUGUGACAAUCAUGUUGCAAGUAGACGUUACCAUGUUUAAUUAACUUAGGAAUAGUUGUUUUUGUUGACAUUGUGCGAAUCUUUCAUUUGUGCGAUGGAUUAGUUUCACAUAUCAACCAGUUCCACUGAACUUCUAAAAUGUUAUAGCUUUAAAAACCUGCUGCCGUUCUAUUAUUGCUUUGGUGUUUUCUUUUUUUCCAUCUACUGAGCCAUGAUUAUUUGCAACAUGUGCAGUGACCAUUGAAGAAGUGUUUCAGUUGUAGAUUAGUUGUUAAACAUUUGCAUCCAAACCCUUGAUACUCUACAUCAAUUGGUAGAGAUUAAAUUAAUGGACUAGAGAUCUCAAUGUGAUGUAAAUACCUAUUUGAAACAAUGAGUCUUAUUUGCAGUGAAGUUUCAUCAAAACAUGGUGAUUCCCUUGUUAAGCUGAACCAAUAAAGGCUGUCAACUUGA